AUGCCAAACAUACUCGGAAUCACUGCUUUCAAAAAUGGUGUAGAGGUACACGAGUGGUGGGAGUGGACCCUGGUAGCAAUUCUUGCUGCGAGCGGACUAUUUGGAAUCGUUGCACUUGUCUGGACCUCUUUGGGUAGCCUUCGAAAACUCCUCCAGCAUGAUUCCGACGAAGAUCUCCUGCCGUACUCGGUCCAGGAACGGUUACUGGUUCUGUCUCACACAGCGCAUGGCGUUCGGCCUGAGCAACCUCUUCCCGCCAAACCAUCGUCGUUCGGUGUAUAUCUCGGCUGUCUCAAUUCACCCGUUACACAGGCAGAGAGACAGAUAUUGGAGUCAUGGGAUAUGAUAGUGCUCGAUGCGGGUGAGCCAGGCGUACUGGAGGCUGUCAACGAUGAGAGCAUUGCUCUGGGUCCACACAUCAUCGCGCGGCUGGACCUGUUCAAGGUUCUUCCAUUCGUCGCGAAGGACAAUGAAAUAGACAUGCUGAAGGCGAUUCAUCUUGUUUCGUUAUUCCUUAAUGAUGCUAUACGGCGACCCGACCAACGGAGAUACUGCAACGGCGUGCUUGUUGCCGGCUGGAGGGAGCGAACUUGCAUCCGCAUGCUGAAUGCUCUCGCCAAACUUUUCCGCGCCUACGGUCUGGACGUGUACCUCGAAGUCGCUGCGCCGGAGUUUCUCCACGAUGUCGGGAAGCUCAACUUAAAGCUUUUCGCCGGCAUGGUGGUCAGGAAUGGCACCAUCAUGGAGAACGGAGAAAGAAGAGACUAUUUUGCAAUGGACAAGAUGAAGACAACAACCAAGGCGUUCGUGUCGCAGGCAUGUCUACGACCAUUCUUAACGAUGAUGUGGGACACCAUUGAAGACGAGGCGGAUUUGUCACACGCAGUCACAAGGCGAGCACAUAUGUGGUGUAGCUAUCACGGUGCGCUACCAUAUUUUGCGCGACGUUGCGCCCUCACAGACAUCACCGAUGUCCGCUCUUGUGAGGAACCGCUGGCUGCUUUCCAGUGGCUUAAAGACCGGAGAGUCAUGAACGUGCAUGAAAAGUUCCGCACGACCCGCGUUCUAUCGUCCGAAUUCUCAAGUAUUGUUGACGACUACCUUCCUCUACAGCCAAUCUUUCCACUUCUGGGAAACACAAUAUCUGGUCUUGAUAUCUCCGAGGAAUCAGAUGGGGAAGACAACUCAAGCUCUUCAACGUUGACCGUCCAGUUUCCGGAGAUCGAUGAAAAUGGAGCUCUGUUACCAUUGGAGCCCACAUCCCCCGUGUCAGCUGCGUCAAAUUGGAGUACAUCUGUAGAGAAGCGCAUCGCGAACCCGUUAUCAUGCUCUUUUGCCGGUUCUCUUUAUGGAUCGCUUGGGUGCUUCCCGAUCGGUUUCGAUGCCACCCAGACCGACUUCCAUCAUGUUCUUCGGUCACAACAGCGUCUACGGAAGCUCAAUCUGUUGAGUAAGCUACCCGCGAAUAAGCUGCACGAAGUUGCACAGCAAAUUCUCAGCUACAGUACCUCAGCGAGUCGUUAUAUCAACCUUGUCCCCACCGCGCGGGAUAAUCUCUCUACCUUCGCGAAUGCACUCUUGCAAGCAACCGAUGAAGCGGACGACUACCACCAAAUAAGGGUGUUUACUGGGCUUGACUCUGGGUUUCACACCCCAACAGGUAGUCAAUUUUGGGCGGUCUGGGAAGCCGAGCAACGAACCUUAACUCAGGUCAUAUACAUAUCAAAAUCGAUCCAGGACAUCGCAGGCGCAUUGCUACACACGUACUUGAGCAAGUCGAGCUUCACAAGAUACCAAUGCUUCCUCUUGGAGUACGGGCUAAGCGAGCACGAGAGUGAGUCUGGACAACUCACGAAGCUUCCGCAGCGGAUAGAGCAGGAUCUGUCCCUUUUGUCGUCUUCAGACAUUCUUCUCUUUGUACAGCACAUGCAGCAUACAGAUUGGGACGAGUCAUGUCCGUUACUUUCGUCAAUACGCAACCACUGCCAGGAAUUGCUCGUCGAUGUUCCUACGUACCGCCAACUCAAGAAGCUCAGCAACAUGGAGUAUAUCAGUAAUACGAUAACAGACGAGCAACUUGUCCAUGCCCGAAUCAAGUGGUACCGCCUCUGUCGCCUACCUUGCCUCGAUCGUCAAGACGCAUUGGCUCUGUUCCGACACAUCGACCUAAACCUUCGCAACGCACUCUGGUGGCGGGAUCACAAAGGUCUCGAUACAAUCACGUCCUCCAUCGAGAAGCUCACCGCUCGGGAAGGUGUAGACUCAGUGACGGACUUCGUCUUGUUCUGCAUCUUUUGCGCUGCUAGAAAAGCAGCGUUUGAAGAGGUCUACAUCGAGGUUUCAGAUCGGAACCCAUUGUUCAAUCAGUAUACCGACCAGAGUGCUGCUUUCGCAGAACUCUUCGCUUUGGGAUCUCGCUGCGAAGCUUACUUCGACAUCAUGCCUAGCGAUAUCGGUAUAUUGCUGUCGAAGAAGCACCGGGACUACUACAACGAGCCCGGCCAUCAACCUCCGAUGUGGAUCUUUAACGCACCAUCUUUUGCAUCCGCUUAUGCUGCGGCUCAGACAGACAUUGAUCCGGAUCAGAAAGCUUCGGUGAUGCCAGGGUACCGCCGCUUCACAUUCCUCAGUGUGUUCGCUAUCCCGGCGCUUGUUGAUAUUCUACUCUUGUCUACCACGGGACAUGGACUUUACCUCAGCGCCAAGAUGCUUCCAGAGGAAUCAAAGUACGCUACGCUGGCUUUGAUGACCUCGCUCUUACUGUCCGGAGCAAUCGGCACUUGGAUUUCGAUUGGCGGUACCUACUACCUCAUCUCUAUGGCCUUUUCAGCUGCAAACAUGUUCGUCUUGACCCGCUUGAUCGGUGGCCUAGCUUUCACCCUCGCCGCUAGCCUUGUCGGGUUUAUCGUUAUAUCCGCUGUAGAAGGGCCCAGGCUAGGGGCCAUUUACUUCUUCUAUCUGGUUGGUCUGACAUCGUAUCUUUCCGUUUUGGCGGUGCUUUCCACGUACCAGAUACCUGGAUCUUCGUUUCUCAACGGCCGACGAGUCAUCAUCGCUGUGGUGCCUACACUCAUCAUAUCGCCAAUCAUCACCAUCUGGAUUGAUGGGUACGACAUCAUCAUCUAUCCAUGCAUCUUGUUUGUUUUCGUGUCAUUGCUCUUGUUGGGUACACGGCACGUUGCAACCCAAUGGGUAACAUGGUAUCACAACAUCAAAACCCUCAACGACAGCGAUGUGAAGGAUUGGUAUGUGCAGACAAGCGCCAAAAGGCAGCUACCAGCAGGUGGUGCUCGUUCACCAAACCGCCUAAGCAAGGGUCCUCGAACUUCGACGGCUCUAUCGUCGUCUCUCGCACCAUCGUCCGAAGGCACGAUCGACGCAGCGGAUCUAUUUUAUGGCCUUAGCGAGCCAGCCAUCCUUGCGUUGUGUCGUACAGAGCUCUAUAAUGCCGUUAUGAAAGAAAGAAAUCGCCAUUUCUGGACGAAGCCUACCAACGACGCGUUCGUCAGGCAGCUUGGAGAAUGUUGGGAAUCCACGCUCUUCCUGCUGGACUGGUACUGUCGACUUACUGACACGAAACGGCCCAUACCGUACAGCUCCACUUGGAAUCUUGAGACACAGGUCGCUCUGGAGAGCAUGCAACAGUCACAGAAAGGAAUACGCCUACACAACUCUUUCAUACACUGGCGCAACGCUAGUGACGAAGUAGGCUGUGGCAUCCUCUACUUCCUUACGGCCCUCAUGGAUCGCUGGCUGGAUUUGCUCAACGGAGUCAAGCUAAUAGGCCUAUCCCAGCAAACGAACGAUACACUUCGCCUAUCCAUAGGCUUCGGAUUAGCAUAUUACUUGAUCGGUGCUGUACUUCUGGAUUACAAAGCUCAGCAUCUACAUCAGCUCUCGGAGCAGAUGGCACCUGUAUCGAUCGAAAACAUACCUCACAUACGUAAGGCGAAGUCCAAUGAUAUGAAGUUCCGUCGGCACCUGUACUGGAACACGCUCUGUCACUUCAUCGGAGUACAUGUCUGGGCUUUGGCAGUGAGCGUCGCACUUGUCUGGAUCUUCGACAGCUCUCCCUUGGGUGCGAUCAUGUUCCUAGCCUAUGUGGGAGCAUACAGCGGACUCUUGCUAUACCAGUACAACAAGAUAUUCUCAGGGCCCCAUGCCCUGAUGCCUCUCCUGUGUGCUGUUGUUCUUGGAUUUUGCGUCGGGGGUAUACUCAAGGCAAUGCAUCCGCAAUUCCAAUACAACAAUGUCAUUGCGCUAGCCGCAUCGACUUGGACCGCAGCUCUGCUCUCGUUCCACACAGCCAAACUUGGCCUUCCAGAGGCUUUCCAUAUUAGGAUGUGGAUAGCCGAGAAGUUGCAGAUUUUCCAGCGCCGACCAAAACUUCCGAAUGAUUCGUCAGAUUCUGUUCACAUUCGGGGACUCCCAUCUCGAUACCGUAUCCAUUGGUCAAGCGCAGAGAAAUUUCAUGCCUAUAAUGGAACUGGCGUGGAUGCUGAGUGGAGUCAAAGCGAGCUUCAAGCAUUCGCCGACAAAUUGCGUGCUGCACCGAAAGAGGAUCGAUUUAGGGUGCUGCCGUAUGGCCAUCCUGGCGAUCAGGUCACUUCCAUUCUGCUUUCGUGCACUCACGAAUCCGUUUCGCGACUGGCACUGCAGGCAUAUCCUACGAUGCCUUUCCUGGUUCAGAGGAUAGUCUUGGCGUGGCAAAAUGGACUGAUCAAAGUCUUCAUUGUCCCCAUGCAAUCGGUAACCGACGAAAAGACUGAUCUUCGUGCCAUCUCCCAGUAUUCCGACGGGCGUCUGGCCUUGUUUGUAGCUUCCGAUACCAAAGGAAGUACAUCCGGACAGCUGAACAUUAGCAGUAGUUCACGUGUGAUCGCUGAGACAUUGCUACAUGCUUGCGCCGAGACCAUGUUCGGUAUGCCGCAUCAUCAGGCUGAAAUUACCGAAUCCAUGCUGGUGUGUCGGCCGACGAGCGAUGAGCCCUAUGUCGUCUCUGAGUGCAACAAGCGCUCAAUGCCUUCUAGAACGACCGGUCCCGAAGCGAUCGCUUUUGAAUCUCUCUGUCGCAAAGAGCUACUGCGCAACCUUUGUCUGGGAUAUGACCCUGACACGCAGUGGGAUGUUUUGCCACUUGACAUAAGGAGGAUGUUUCUGCGCCGAUGUCUCGGAGCUCGCGGACCGUACACCAACACUGAGAUGUCGUGGAUUCUAUCUAAUGUCGCAUCGGAGGAAGCAUGCACGAUUCUCUCUCGCCUGGCGAGGUACGAUCUUGCCGCAUUCUUGUCAGUACACAAGUACAAUUACUUCAGAAACCGUGGCGACCAAGCGCUCAGCGAGAAAGAGUAUCGGCAGAUCACCGCUGAUAUCCAGGAGGCCCACCACCCUAUACUUAACAGGUCCACAACUAUGAUUUUUAGCGAUUAUACCAAGCGGCUCAAGGCACCCAUCGCCUAUGUUUACCACGUGGUCGGCACAUGGAUCAAAUUCUUCGUUCUCGCAACUAUGGCGGACCCUGAGUACCAACGUGAGCUGAACUGCGCAUUAGGCAGGACACCACGCUUCUUUGCCAAGCCAGCGACCUUUUUCUUGACAGGGCUAUGGAUUUACAGCCGAGCUGCUAUGUCGAAGGCACUGCCAUUCUUUCUCUACAACAACCGCAAAGACAUUUCCGCCCUUGCGAGCACAGUCAAAGGAAGCUUAAUCUCUCAAAAGAAGGAUCGUCUUGUCAUUCGUAGCUACGGCGAGACUGAAACGGCGUUCGUUCAUCCUCUGGAAGACCAUCGCUUCAAGCUCGUCUUCUAUCAGGGCGUGCUGAAAGAGGAGCCAACCUGGGGCCACACCCGAGUCUCAGAGUAUGGCAGAGAUAUGCGCAUCAACAAUCGCAAGGAGUACAAAAACGGAAAUGUCUUCAACGAGUUUACGUACGACUACCCAACGUCGCCAAUUUCUCGAUUCGGAAGGAUAACGAAGCUCCAUACCACCAGGCUACCGUAUGGCCGAAAUUGCCUUCAGGGGAGCGAUGAAGGUGCCAAAGUGCAGUACAAUACGAAAGGUCACAUCGAAUCCGGCAGCUACAUGCAGCAUGGUAACUUAGUCCGCUUCAAGUACCACUACCGCAAAAACGCAAAGUACGAUGACGAGUUGCUUAGAGCUGAGUUCGUACUUCCCCACAUGUCCGUCAAUGUUAGCUGGUGUGCACCUCCGGUGCGCCAUGCCGAAAAGAUGGAGCGGUGGAUUCCGACCCCACGUGUCCAUGAAGCAACGUUUGUGCAGGGUGCCGACGUUUACGAAUGCUCUUGGUUGUACGACCACAAGUUUCACCCAGUUAUCUCGACAAAGCUCAACGGUGAAACGGUAGAUACGCCUGACAUGAUCCGCCACGACUGGCUGGGCGUGCUGAAAAAGCCUUCACGAUGCAAUUUCAUGGAUGAGAACCCUCUCUUGGACUUUAAAGCGCCGACAUCAAGCUUCAUGAGCCGCUUCUUCCGUACCAACAUCAAGCGACAAGAGAUUUCUACCUCUCGAGCUCGUUCCCAACUCUGGAAGGCUUGGAAGAAGCGACUCGAUCUCGAUGGCGUGGUUGUUCGCUUUGUGGACGAGGAGCUCAUUCGCAAGGAAGCGCUUUUACGACCUUACUGGCGCCGCCGUGAUCGUGGAAGCCUCCUGAGGGCCGAGGACUAUCUAGCACUACACGCCGAUGCGAUAAUGGCAAGCGCGGAUCUCACCAGCGACAUCAGUGCAUGGACGCCGCUCGCUAUUCGCAUGAGUGACCUCUUCAGCUUUGGACAGGGAGGCGAUGCUGUUAUCUUCACGCGAACAAAAACGCUUCAGCGAGACACUGAGAACAACCUCCACGUUAUCGCCGUUGACACGGGCACAUGGCCGAACGAGGGCGGCGGCGUAUCUGCAUGUCGCCGCGACUUGAUCAAUAAUCUCCGAACUAUCAAGUGGCAUAUGGUCGUUGAGUCCGCCAACGAUUUCGGUCUCCCGAAGCAUCAGACUGAAGAGAAUGUCGAAUCACUGAAGAUCAUCCCUCUUUGGGGACUGGACUUUCUUCACCCUUCACACGGCAUGUUCACGAACAAAUUGGACAGUGAAGUCGAUAAUCUGGUCCAAGACGCGACGAUCAAUGACAUCAAAGUCAACUUCAUCCCGACGCUGACUGCACUUGUACGAGGCGCCCGAUCAGUCAACAUGACUGCAGCGGACGUCAAGCAGGCCACACGAGCGCUGGUCAACCUCAACACUUACUUCGAAGAUUCUCGGCACUGGAAGGAGGUGUGGACGAGCGAGAUCGUCAAGGAUACUUGGAGAAAGCUGUGGCUGACAGAGGACAUGCCAAAUGCGCAGCCACCGUCGGAGUGGUUUCGCACCGAGUUACCUACACUUGGACAUCUCGACACUGCUCUGGAGCUGUGGUUCAGAUAUCUCUUCAUCUUUUCCAUCCCUAUUCCCGAGAAGAUUCCGAGUGUCUUCCAGGCUUCCCAUCACAGCGUCUCAGCUUCGUACGGCAUUGUCUGCAAGCUGAAGCGAAAUUGCACCCUCCAGAUCUGGGAUCAUGCCAUAUCUUGGCGUGAGACGAAUCUCUACCUCUCAUCUGCUAUGUGCACCCUGCCGCCUUUCAUUCGGAACUCCCUUCUUGGCUUGAUGAAGUUGACGUCGUGUCUCAUUCUGCAUCACGCUGAUCAGAUUCUCCCGUGUGCAGACUUCUUCAACCCGGGGUGGGAAGUUGAGAUCGGCUCUUCAAAAGGCCAACUUACUCACCGAAACGUCUUCCGACGCAAGGUCGAUCCCAUCGUGAACGGUAUACCCGACAUGACUAAGUUCGCUCCCGUGACCGAGAUCAAGACGAAGUCACCCACUGUCACGAUGCUUUCUCACGUCUGGUUUGCGAAGGACAUCAAAAACGCUUUACUUGCGGCCGACAUCAUCUCUAACGAGUGGGGUUUCAAGGACUAUAAGCUCGACAUCUAUGGUGCGCUCAACAAGUCUCCAGUCUACUCAUCAGAGUGUCAAGAGAUCCUCGCUUGCAAGGGCCUCGGGGAGAGUGUUGCUCUCAAAGGGACUGCGGACCCAGCUAUGGUCCUCGCCAAUACCUGGCUCUUCCUCAACUCGUCCGUUUCUGAAGGUCUACCCCUCGCGCUCGGUGAAGCUGCGCUCACAGGCGCACCCGUUGUCUGCACAGACGUCGGUGCUUCCCUACGUGUGCUCACUGAUCCCGAUGACGGAAAGCGCUACAGCGAAGUCGUCGCCCCAAACGACGCCUACGGACUCGCACGCGCACAGAUCAAUCUCCUCGCCAUGUUGGACGAAUGGGCGCAGUACGCAGAGGACGCCCCAGACCAACCACCACCGAUCCUCCCACACAAACCUACCCCCCAAGACGUAGAAAUCAUCACCCGCCGCAUGUACGACAAAACCUUGCAGCGCCGCAAGCUCGGCAUGAUGGCCCGCACCAUCGUGCAGAAGUCUUUCGGCGGCGAACGCUACCUCCGCGAACACGAGCAAAUGCUCUGGGUCGGAAAAGCCUGCUACGAAAUGCUCGGUCUCGAGCGCCCUCGCGUCCCGCCACCAAAGCACCCAGGCCGGAUGCUCUCCCUCAAACGGCGGUCCAGCCAGAGACAAUCACACAGACACAAAUACACAGACACCGCCUCCAGCAACGUCAUCGACCCGCAGCUCGAAAAAAUGCAGCACCCCCGUCCCCCGCUCGCACGCCAGUUCUCGGCCGCUACGUCGUUUUCCUCGAUAUACGUCGAUGAGCCUGCUAGUCCUGAUGGAGCUAUCUACCGCGGAGACGAGCGCUGGAGCCCGGGCACUACAGAGGAAGAUUUAUAUAAUAGGUCUGAUGUCUCGACUAAAGAUUCUACUUCUAACGUUCUCUCCGUCCCGCGGCCACCGCACGCUUACCGGACACACGCCUCAACCUCGCACUCUUCCCCGGCGAGUUCAGCCAUCGCACUCGGGAAACGGCCUGUGCAGUAUGGCUACGGGUAUGGGCAUGCGGGCGGGUUUAAACACGUGCCUGCGGUGCCUAGAACGGAUGCGAGGCGAAGCGCGCUGAUGAGGCAGAGUAUGGUGGGGGGGAGUGCAAGGAGCAGUGUGAGGACGAGGAGCCAUUUGAAUGAGGUGGAGAUGGCGGAGUAUCCGCGGGUGCAGGAGGGGUAUGGGAAUGUGGUGGAGGUUAAUGGGGGUGGGGGCGGGGUGGUGGGAGGAUGUGACUUGGAGGAGGCAUUCGGGUGGCGUUUUGGGGGAAUGAAAAGUUGA